AUGAAUGAAAUUCUUUCUCAAAUCACAAAAACUGAUAAUUUACUUAUUAACAUUUCUAGAAUAAAUAAUUUAUUGAACUUAAUUGAAAGCUCCUUACUUGCUAUUUCUAACUUUCUAGACACGACUAUAAAUACUAUCCUAUUUUCCAAGGUAAAUGUUUUGCAUCCUAGCGUGAUUAGCCCUUUAAGUCUUUAUAAUGAAUUAACCAGGCAUAUCAAUCAAAUAAAUAAACGUUUAGAUUUUCCAGUGCAAUUGAACAUACAUAAUUUUCAUUCGUUAAUUGAUGUUUCGAAACUUAGUUCAUAUUAUUAUAACAAUAAGAUUGUUUUCAGCUUGCAGAUUCCAUUAAUAACACCUGAUAAAUUCAUUGUUUAUAAAAAUAUCCCAUUACCGACUCCUCACGACGAGUCGCAUAUACAAACGUUUGCACUUAUUCAACCUUCUAAUUCUUAUAUUGCUUUAAGUGACGAUAGAAUACAUUAUACUAUGUUUAAUAACUUAGAUGAUUGUAAAUUUAUUAAUAAUAACUAUUCUAUUUGUGAACUAUUUACUAUAACGUCUAGCAUAAAUAAUCCUAAUUGUGAAUCGAAAUUAUUAACAGAAGUAACUCUCUCCUUACCUUCUGAAUGUAACUCUAAGUUAUUAUUUGGCCAAAUCAAUAUUUGGCAUAAAUUAAAAAAUAAUAGAUGGAUAUAUGUACAAUCCAAUGUAAAUAAAUUAACUAUCAAAUGUAACGAUGAUAUUACUGAUCAUUCUAUUAUUGGCACAGGUAUUGUCAAAUUAACCGAAAAUUGUAUCGGUUAUUCCAAAACUAUUCAAUUAUUGCCAACAAGUACUUAUCAAUUUUCGAUUAAGUCAACUAUAGAUAUAAGCUUUGACAUAACAAGAGAUGAUUGUUGCAAAAAAGAUGUAUUUAAUAAAAGUUUACCAUAUUUAACGCCAAUCUCUCUAAGCAAAGUUAACUUGGAUUCCUUAAAAUAUGCAAGUCAUCAGCUAGAUAGUUUAGAAUUUGAAUUAAAUAAUCUUCAAAAGGAAUCACAUUUUAUAAAAUACGGUUCAUACUAUUCCACAUUUACUUAUAUUUUAAUUGUAUUUCUAUUUUUGUACUUAGCCUACAAAUUAUUUAAAUGUUCCAGAAAUCGACACAAUAAUAGUGGACAUUGUAUACAAAUAUUUAAUCAGUGUAAUAAUAAAAAGUCAUCGAAACAUAAUUCUAAAAUUACAAAUUCAAUUGAGAUGAUUGAUAUGUCUUCACCAAAUCUUUACCAAAUUGUACUAAUUGUGAACCUUAUGAAACUGUACAAAAAGUUCACUCUUCCUCCGGAAGAAAUCUUAAUUUCUAAUUUUAUUCAAUUUUAG